CAAAAGAUUGCAAUUUAUUCCUGAAGAUGAAUUUUAUAAACCUGAAAGUAUUUCUGCUGAGCUGAAGUAUUGGUUUUCCUUCAAUAAAUGAAUCGGGAAAUCCAAUAUUUUCCAACACAAAUUUUUUGAAGAGCCACGGCAAUACAAACUCUCUUGGAAAGUCAUACAUUUUGCAGAAUGGGUCAGAAUGGUGACUAUGUUGAAGUAUUUAAUAUCCAAAGAAAGGAGUGUACAGAAAAUUGGAAACUGUCUUCACCUUAUAUUAAAAAGGUAUAUGACAGAAAGGCCAAGGGUUAUGUACUUUCUUUAAUUGGAAAUACUAUCACCACAUGGAUGCAAUUGCCAUCAGAUAUGAAGGAAGGAUUGAACCUCCUUCAGUCUUUGUUGAUAUUCCAGCUUCUUGUUUCGAAGAAUAAGAACUUUUCUAUGGAAGUGAUAAUUGCUCUUGCAUCUGGUGAUAGAAAACACAUUGUUGUUUCAACCUCUCAAAAGAAUAUGCAAGUUACACCAACAUUUGCAAAAAUACCACUUAUGUGGGAACAAAAAGGCACAAUAUAA